AUGCGUGGAUACUUCUUGCCUCUCUUAGCUACGGCCGCUCUAACAAGAGCGUCCGCAAUCCCAUCUUCGGAACAGAAACGUGCUGUCAUCGACUGGGACGCAGCCUACACCAAGGCCACAGCUGCUCUUGCAAAGCUCUCCCAGAGCGAGAAGAUUGGCAUCGUCACGGGCACUGGCUGGCAAGCUGGUAAUUGUGUAGGCAACACCAAAGCUGCUGGAUCGAUCGGCUACCCUUCACUCUGUCUCCAGGAUGGCCCGCUCGGCAUUCGCUACAUCAACGGCGCAACCGCAUUCGCAUCUGGAAUCCACGCCGCGUCCACCUGGGACGUGGACCUCAUCAGAGAGCGAGGCUCGUUCAUCGGCGCAGAAGCAAAGCAACUAGGCGUACACGUCCAAUUGGGACCCUCAGCCGGCCCACUAGGCAAAUUCGCUGCUGGAGGCAGGAACUGGGAGGGCUUUGGCCCAGACCCAUACCUUGCCGGCAUUGCCAUGGCGGAGACGAUCGAGGGAAUGCAGGAGAGCGGUGUCCAGGCGUGCGCGAAGCAUUUCAUCGCCAAUGAGCAGGAGAAGCAGCGCGAGUCCAUCAGCUCGAAUGUACCAGACAGAGUCAUGCACGAGCUGUAUGUUUGGCCUUUCGCCGAUGCUGUCAAGGCCAAUGCUGCGUCAUUUAUGUGCAGCUACAAUAAAGUCAAUGGGACGUGGGCCUGCGAGAGCGAUGGUGUUAUGAACAAACUGCUCAAGGAUGAAUUGGGUUUCCGAGGCCAUGUUCUCAGUGACUGGAAUGCUCAACACACUACCGUCGGCAGCGCGAACGGUGGUCUGGAUAUGACUAUGCCAGGAAGCGAUUUCAAUAAGGGAAAUGUACUUUGGGGUCCAGCUUUGCAAUCUGCCGUCCAGAACGGUCAAGUCAAACAGGCACGUCUCGACGACAUGGUUAAGCGCGUUCUUGCUGGGUGGUAUCUCGUUGGCCAAGAUCAGGGGUACCCUCAAGCACGCUUCAAUUCUUGGAGCAUUGGGAGAUUCGACGUUGGCGGCAAUCACAAGACUAAUGUGCGGAAAAUGGCGGCACAGGGAAUUGUUCUUCUGAAGAACGAGAACAAAGCACUUCCUUUGAACAAGCCAAAGACUAUCGCUGUCAUUGGAACUGACUCGAUCGUUGAUCCUAAGGGAAUGAAUGGACACGUCGAUCGAGGUGGCAAUGGCGGUACUCUAGCCAUGGGAUGGGGAAGUGGAACGACUGAGUUCCCAUACCUCAUCGCCCCACUAGAAGCCAUCAGAGCUCAAGCCCAAAAGGAUGGCACCACUGUCAAGACGUCAUCCAAUGACAACCCUCAACAAGGAGCCUCUGCCGCUCAAGGUGCUGAUUUUGCCAUUGUUUGCAUCAACGCCGAUUCGGGCGAGGGCUAUAUCGAGGUUGAGGGAAAUGCAGGCGACCGUAAAAACCUCGACCCCUGGCACAAUGGGAACGAUUUGGUCAAGGCCGUAGCUGCCGCAAACAAGAAUACUAUCGUUGUCGUUCACAGCGUCGGGCCUAUCAUUCUAGAGCCCUACAUUGAGGAUCCUAACGUCGUUGCUGUCGUUUGGGCAGGCCUUCCUGGCCAGGAGUCCGGUAAUGGUCUCGUCGACGUACUUUACGGAGCCGAAAAUCCCAGUGGAAAACUACCAUACACCAUUGCAAAGAAGCCUGGUGACUAUGGCACGAACUUUGCCUCGGGUACUGACUCCAACUGGGACUUGUUCAUCGACUAUCGCAGAUUCGACCAGCAGAAGAUUGAGCCCCGCUACGAGUUUGGAUUCGGACUAUCAUACACUAACUUCACAUACUCCGACAUAACCGUCACAGGCAAACCAUCGUCGGGACCCGCAACAGGUACAAAGGGACCCGGAGGCGCUGCCGACCUUUGGGAAACCGUCGCCACCGUCACUGCAAAGAUCACAAACAGCGGAGGUGUUGCCGGCGCAGAGGUACCACAGCUCUACAUCACUCUCCCUUCCAGUGCUCCCCAGAGUCCUCCGAAGCAGCUCCGCGGCUUCAACAAGUUCAAAUUGGAAGCCGGCGCGAGCAAGACCGCAGAGUUCAAGCUGAGGAGGAGAGAUCUCAGCUACUGGGAUAGCGGCCGUCAGGCUUGGGCGGUCCCGACUGGAGACUUUACAGUCAGUGUCGGGGCUAGCUCGAGGGAUAUCAGGUUGACGGGGAAGAUCACAAUGCUUUUCCAAUCCAUCAAGCCUUCCACCUUCCGGUCUGCGGGUGCCGUCCUGGGACAAAUCGCCAAAGCCCGCUCCCAGACUCGCUUCAUGGCCACUGUACAGAGCACUGCUCGCCAGGUGCCAUCCCCCAAGCGACGAGCAACUGAAAUCUCUACGGAGCGUGCUACAUUUACCAUCAAGAAUGGACCUAUCUUCUCUGGAAAGUCUUUCGGUGCCAAAGCCAACAUCUCCGGAGAGGCCGUCUUCACCACCUCUCUCGUUGGCUACCCUGAGUCCAUGACCGACCCUUCCUACCGUGGACAGAUUCUCGUUUUCACACAGCCGCUGAUUGGCAACUACGGUGUGCCUUCUUCGGCCCGUGAUGAGCACGGUCUCCUCCGCUACUUCGAAUCCCCAUACAUCCAGUGCGCUGGUAUCGUUGUCCAGGAUUACGCUAUGAAGCACAGCCAUUGGACCGCUGUCGAGAGUCUUUCUGAGUGGUGCGCUCGUGAGGGCGUUCCAGCCAUCUCGGGAGUGGACACCCGUGAGGUUGUCACUUACCUCCGUGAGCAGGGUUCUUCUUUGGCCCGUAUCUCCAUUGGAGAGGAGUACGACGCCGAUGAGGACGAGGCCUUCAUUGACCCUGAGGCCAUAAACCUUGUCCGCCGUGUGAGCACCAAGGCUCCCUUCCACGUCAGCUCCUCCCUCGGUGACAUGCACGUUGCCUUGAUCGACUGCGGUGUCAAGGAGAACAUCCUUCGCAGCCUCGUCAGCCGUGGUGCCAGCGUCACCUGCUUCCCCUUCGACUACCCCAUCCACAAGGUUGCACACCACUUCGACGGUGUGUUCAUCUCCAACGGACCCGGUGACCCCACUCACUGCACUGAGACCGUCUACAACCUCCGCAAGUUGAUGGAGGACUCCCAGAUUCCCAUCAUGGGCAUAUGCAUGGGUCACCAAUUGAUUGCUCUCGCUGCUGGUGCAAAGACUUUGAAGAUGAAGUACGGCAACCGUGCCCACAACAUCCCCGCCCUCGACCUCACCACCGGCAAGUGCCACAUCACCUCCCAGAACCACGGUUACGCCAUUGACCCGGCCACCCUCCCCUCCGGCUGGAGGGAGUACUUCACCAACCUCAACGACCAGUCCAACGAGGGUCUGAUCCACGCCACCCGCCCCAUCUUCACCUCCCAGUUCCAUCCCGAGGCCAAGGGCGGACCCCUCGACUCCGCAUACCUCUUCGACAAGUACGCCGAGAGCGUCCAGAAGUACAAGGAUCAGCAGGCCUCCUUCUCCGACAGGAACAACAAGCCCAGCCCGCUCCUCGUCGAUCUCCUCAGCAAGGAGCGCGUCGGCGUCCACCCAGACUUCGAGUUCGACGGCUUCGCUGCCGGAAGCAUCCAGACCCAGCCCGAGGUGGUCGUCGGCACCCAGGGCACUCCCCAGCCCCAGCCCAUCGCAGCUGCCGCUUAA